GCAAAAUGAUAUAUCCUAAUAAUUUAGCCGUAUUCGAUCUUUUUCCGAAUAAAACAGAAGCUAGGGUUCGAUUUCGUUCUUCUCUGCGUUCACUCUGCCAUCGUCACUGUCGAUCUCCAAUCCAACAGAUUCAGAAGUACCAUGGACGAAAGCUUGUAUGAUGAAUUUGGGAACUACAUCGGACCGGAAAUUGAGUCGGAUCAGGAGAGUGACAGAGAGGAGGAGGACGAAGACCUCCCUGAUAAGGAUGAUGACGAGGAAGAUGUGUCCGGUGGUGAGGAUGCAGGUGGUGCAGCCAAUGGGUGGAUGACUACCACUAAUGAUGUUGACAUGGAUAAUCAAAUUGUCCUUGCUGAGGACAAGAAGUACUAUCCGACCGCAGAAGAAGUUUAUGGCGAAGAAGUCGAAACAUUGGUCAUGGAUGAAGAUGAGCAGCCCCUUGAACAACCAAUAAUUAAUCCAGUCAAGAAUAUCAAGUUUGAGUUGGGCGUUAAGGAUUCUUCUACUUACGUGUCAACCCAAUUUCUUUUAGGGCUUAUGUCAAACCCUUCUUUGGUUCGGAAUGUUGCCUUGGUAGGACACUUACAGCAUGGGAAAACCCUUUUCAUGGAUAUGUUGGUUGAGCAGACACAUCAUAUUUCAACAUUUGAUCAAAACAGUGAGAAGCAUAUGAGAUAUACAGAUACAAGAAUAGAUGAGCAAGAGAGAAAAAUAUCAAUCAAGGCAGUUCCCAUGUCACUUGUUCUUGAAGACAGCAAUUCAAAAUCAUAUCUCUGUAAUAUCAUGGAUACCCCUGGUCAUGUCAACUUCUCUGAUGAAAUGACUGCUGCUCUCAGGCUUGCCGAUGGUGCUGUCUUGAUUGUUGAUGCCGCCGAAGGAGUAAUGGUUAAUACAGAAAGGGCUAUACGUCAUGCAAUUCAGGAACGCCUUCCUAUUGUAGUUGUAAUCAAUAAGGUUGACAGGCUGAUUACUGAACUAAAACUGCCCCCAAAGGAUGCUUACCAUAAGCUCCGGCAUACAAUUGAAAUCAUCAAUAACCACAUAUCUGCUGCAUCUUCAACUGCUGGAAAUGUCCAAGUUAUUGAUCCAGCUGUUGGAAAUGUUUGUUUUGCAAGUGCCAGUGCUGGAUGGUCUUUUACUCUGCAUUCAUUUGCUAAAUUAUAUGUUAAACUCCAUGGUAUACCAUUUGAUGCUAAUAAAUUUGCAUCACGUCUUUGGGGAGAUUACUACUUUGAUUCUGAUGCUAGAGCAUUUAGGAAGAAACAACCUGCAAGUGGCGUUGAAAGGUCGUUUGUCCAGUUUGUGCUAGAACCGCUAUACAAAAUAUAUAGCCAAGUAAUUGGAGAACAUAAGAAGAGUGUGGAGGCAACUCUUGCUGAACUUGGUGUGACUCUCAGCAAUGCAGCUUACAAACUAAAUGUUAGGCCUUUGCUUAGAUUGGCUUGCAGUUCUGUUUUUGGCUCCGCAACUGGCUUUACUGAUAUGAUAGUUCAUCACAUUCCUUCUGCUCAAGAGUCGGCUACUGGGAAGGUUGAACACAUUUAUACUGGCCCAAAGGACUCUGCUAUUUGCAAGGCCAUGGAAGAAUGUGAUCCUUCUGGCCCUCUGAUGGUUAAUAUCACCAAACUGUAUCCUAAAUCUGACUGCAGUGUUUUUGAUGCUUUUGGAAGGGUUUAUAGUGGUGAAAUCCAGACAGGGCAGACCGUGCGGGUUUUGGGGGAAGGCUAUUCGCCAGAUGAUGAGGAGGACAUGACAGUGAAAGAAGUAACAAAACUAUGGGUUUAUCAGGCUCGUUACAGGAUUCCCAUCAGCAAGGCUCCUCCUGGUUCUUGGGUUCUCAUUGAAGGUGUGGACGCAUCUAUCAUGAAAACUGCCACACUCUGUAAUCUGGACUAUGACGAGGAUGUGUAUAUAUUUCGGCCUCUGCAGUUCAAUACUCUUCCUGUAGUCAAAACAGCCACUGAGCCACUAAAUCCAAGUGAACUGCCCAAAAUGGUGGAGGGUCUUAGGAAAAUCAGCAAAAGCUAUCCUCUGGCCAUAACCAAAGUUGAGGAAUCAGGGGAGCACACAAUUCUAGGUACUGGAGAGUUGUAUCUGGAUUCUAUAAUGAAAGACCUUAGGGAACUCUAUUCAGAAGUAGAAGUCAAGGUGGCAGAUCCUGUUGUUUCAUUCUGUGAAACAGUGGUGGAGUCUUCAUCAUUGAAAUGUUUUGCUGAAACACCCAACAAGAGAAACAAGAUAACUAUGAUUGCAGAACCAUUGGAGAGAGGACUUGCUGAGGACAUUGAGAAUGGUGUUGUAAGCCUUGAUUGGCCCCGAAAGAAACUUGGUGACUUUUUCCAGACAAAAUAUGAUUGGGAUUUGCUUGCUGCUCGUGGCAUCUGGGCAUUUGGGCCUGACAAGCAGGGACCGAACAUUCUAUUGGAUGAUACACUUUCAAGUGAAGUGGACAAGACACUGCUGAAUGCCGUUAAAGAUUCUAUUGUUCAAGGAUUCCAAUGGGGUGCCCGAGAAGGUCCCCUGUGUGAUGAACCCAUUAGAAAUGUCAAGUUCAAAAUAGUUGAUGCGAGGAUAGCACCUGAACCUUUGCAUCGGGGUAGCGGUCAAAUUAUCCCAACAGCUCGACGUGUGGCCUACUCGGCCUUCCUUAUGGCAACGCCCAGGCUAAUGGAGCCAGUAUACUAUGUGGAGAUACAAACACCCAUUGAUUGUGUAUCUGCAAUCUACACUGUGUUGUCACGGAGGCGUGGGCAUGUUACAGCGGAUGUUCCUCAACCGGGAACCCCAGCUUAUAUUGUCAAGGCAUUUUUACCAGUGAUUGAAUCAUUUGGCUUUGAGACAGACAUGAGGUAUCAUACUCAAGGCCAGGCAUUCUGUCUCUCAGUAUUUGAUCACUGGGCUAUAGUACCUGGUGACCCUCUUGACAAGAGUAUAGUACUAAGACCACUUGAGCCUGCUCCAAUUCAACACCUGGCUCGUGAGUUCAUGGUGAAGACAAGACGUAGAAAGGGAAUGAGUGAAGAUGUGAGCAUCAACAAGUUCUUCGACGAAGCUAUGGUUGUCGAGCUAGCACAGCAGGCAGCUGAUCUUCAUCAGCAGAUGAUGUGAGACGAGAUUGUAGGCUACACAAUUUAUUCUUCUUGUUCCGUGUCUCAAUGGAGCAGUUUUCUAGUGCAAGGCUGGGACCGUGGUGGUUGUGUUUCUCUGUAGCAUUUUUGUACCUUAGGUAAGGAAUUAUAUGUAGGUUUCUUACUUAAAUGUUAAAUUACCAUAUGAAAUAGCCUCUCUGUAUUGGAUUCUUUCAUACGACAUACUACUUAUGAUUUUGGAUCCUUUGAGGAAGAAGAGCAAACCAAAAUAUGUUGCAUUUUGCA